UUUAAGAAGGAAGACCAUGCCACCAUACAUUCACUUCUCUCAUUUCUCCUUCCCAUCUCCAAAAUCUUUCUUUCCUGUUCUAUUUCUGUUACUGAGUUAGGAAGCAAAGAUGACCAUGGAAGAGGGAACGGUGGUGAACCAGGACUACACACAAGAUGGAACUGUCAACAUUAAAGGCAAACCUAUUCUUAGAUCCAAAACUGGUGGUUGGAGAGCUUGUUCCUUUGUAGUCGUGUAUGAGGUAUUCGAGAGGAUGGCGUAUUAUGGAAUAUCAUCAAAUUUGGUGGUGUAUCUUACAAAAAAGCUUCAUCAAGGCACAGUAGCCUCUUCGAACAAUGUCACCAACUGGGUUGGCACCAUUUGGAUGACACCAAUUUUAGGUGCCUAUGUUGCUGACGCUUUCCUCGGCCGCUAUUGGACUUUUACCAUAGCCUCUACCAUUUAUCUCUCGGGUAUGUCUCUGCUUACACUGGCAGUGUCCCUUCCGAGCCUAAAGCCACCUCAAUGCUUGGAAAAGGAUGUCACAAAAUGCGCGAAAGCCUCCACACUACAGCUAGCAGUGUUCUAUGGUGCACUUUACACUCUAGCAGUGGGAACUGGAGGAACCAAGCCCAACAUCUCCACCAUAGGAGCUGAUCAGUUUGAUGAUUUUCACCCUAAAGAGAAGUUGCAAAAGCUCUCUUUCUUCAAUUGGUGGAUGUUCAGCAUCUUCUUUGGGACCCUCUUUGCAAACAGCGUUCUGGUGUAUAUCCAAGAUAAUGUGGGCUGGACUCUUGGUUACGCUCUUCCAACACUUGGCCUUUUAGUAUCAAUCAUGAUAUUCCUGGCAGGCACACCUUUCUAUAGGCACAAAGUGCCUGCUGGUAGUACCUUCACUAGAAUGGCUAGGGUCAUUGUGGCUGCUUUGAGGAAAUGGGAAGUGCCUGUCCCUAGUAACUCUAAAGAACUAUAUGAACUUGACAAGGAAGACUAUGCAAAGAAAGUGAACUACAGAAUUGAUCACACUCCAACACUCAGGUUCCUUGAUAAGGCCUGCGUUAAAACAGAUUCAAACACUAGUCCAUGGAUGCUUUGCACAGUUACACAAGUGGAGGAGACAAAACAAAUGCUGAGGAUGAUUCCUAUCUUGGUUGCUACCUUUGUUCCUAGUACAAUGAUGGCUCAGAUAAAUACCCUUUUUGUGAAGCAAGGAACUACUCUUAACAGACAUAUCGGAAGCUUCAAAAUCCCCCCUGCUAGUUUGGCUGCAUUUGUUACCGUGUCCUUGCUUGUGUGUGUUGUGCUCUACGAUCGUUUCUUUGUGAAGAUCAUGCAAAGGUUUACCAAGAACCCCAGAGGCAUUACCCUUCUUCAGAGGAUGGGAAUUGGCCUUGUAAUCCACACACUGAUCAUGAUAAUUGCAUCUGGGACCGAAAGCUAUAGACUAAAGGUUGCAAGAGAACAUGGAGUAGUUGAAAGUGGAGCACAGGUUCCUUUGAGCAUAUUCAUUUUGCUUCCUCAGUUUAUACUGAUGGGAACUGCCGAUGCCUUCUUAGAGGUUGCCAAAAUCGAGUUUUUCUAUGAUCAAGCCCCAGAACAUAUGAAGAGCAUUGGAACUUCGUAUUCCACAACUACAUUGGGCAUUGGUAACUUCAUCAGUUCCUUUCUUCUCUCAACAGUGUCACAUGUCACCCAGAGAAAUGGUCACAAGGGGUGGAUUUUGAACAACCUGAACGAGUCUCAUCUUGACUACUACUAUGCAUUUUUCGCAGUACUAAACUUCCUGAACCUCAUCUUUUUCGCGUUUGUUACAAGGUUUUAUGUAUAUAGGGUUGAAGUUUCAGAUUCCAUUGACGUGCUUGCGAAAGAACUGAAGGAAAAGACCGUGUCGAACGUCGUGAAUCCGAAAGACUAGUAGUUUGAAAAGUUGGUGUUAUGUAGAAAUUUGGAUGGCCAAAGAAGUAAGUAUGUGUGUGUGUGUGGGGUGUGUGGGUGUUGACUUUGGAAGCCACUUCAGAAGAGAACCUAAUCAAGUUAUAGUUAUUGGAGGUCGUUUUAGCAUGUGAUCGUUUUUCCUUAUCCUUUGUAACCUUCGAGAAAUGUCACAUGCAUCUCCAAAAAAAAAAAAAAACAAUAUUGGGAAAAAGAAAUGUAAUGUGUUUGAUGUUUAUCUUUUUUAGAAUUUCUCUGGCCACUCAAGCUUUUCUUUAGUUAAGAAAUUGUACAAUAAAGGGUUGAAGACAAAAUCUAUCA